CUCCGCUCACAAUUGCCACAACCGGCGAUGCCUGGAACUAAAGUUGUAGAUCCAUCUCGCCAAGUAAUUAUUUCGAUGGAUGAAUAUCAUAGCCUUGUGCAGCGCGCAAGUCGUCCGGGUGAGGAUGAACCGCUGUCGAAGAGGCCUGCAUAUUCGCCCUCGGAAUUGGUAGCACCUCAGCCGCGGCCUUUCCAGUCACCUUCCAGUCAAAUGCUACCGGUUCCUAGCAUGUCGCAGAUUCGACCCGGCGUCCCGACCUACACGGACCUUGGAGCAGCAUCGAGUGGCGAUCUACCGAAACCGUCGUUCACCAGCAGCAGUUAUGAUGAAGGCAUGGAAAAGAUGAACAUGUUUUUCCACAACACAAUCGAGGAUGCGUUAAAGAUCGAUAGUCCGGAUGAUCGUUCAGGAUCUGCUGCUUCGGGCAUUGUGACGUCGCCGACCGCCUCCAGCUCCGCCAAUCAACCCCUCGAGGUGAGAACAGGCACUUCGGACAAUGUGGAUGACCUGAGGUGGCGAACUGGUGAUUUGGGGAGGAGCGAAAAUGCGCUUUUCCAGGCGGAAACAUCUGGAACUUCAGUGGCGAACACAUCGGAUAAGAGACUCAGCUAUCAACUAAAUGCGGCCGAGUUGCAGGCCCUUGAUCUGAGCGAAAAAUCUCCUGCUGAUAUUAUGAACAUCAUGGAUGUGACAAUGCGUCGAUUCGUGAAAAUGGCCAAGAAAUUGCCAGCAUUCAAUGACCUCAGUCAGGAUGGGAAAUUUGCGCUUUUGAAAGCGUGGACGACGCCAACAUUGAAUGAAAAUGCUGAAGUGUCCAUCAACAUGUUCGAUCAACUGAAUGCCGACGUGAGGAAUGAACAGAAAAUGCGCUUUCUUCAAUUCUUCAAAAUUUUCCACGAGGAUAUCCGCAGCAACGACUUGGUGAUCUCGAUGAUAAUGCUAAUUGUGCUGUUUUCACCAAGGGAUUGUAUUACGGAUCCCGAGGAUCGUAGGAUUAUUGCCAGACAUCAUGAGCAAUUCUGCGCACUUUUGAACAGAUAUCUGGAAUCUCUUUAUGGAGACGAUGCGCAUAAAUUGAAUGAGCAACUACCGACGGCACUUCGCAUGUUGCGUGAAAUAUCCGCUGCAUGUGGAAUGCUGUUCUUGGGAACAGUGAACACAAGCGAGGCUGAACCACUACCUCGUGAGUUCUUCAAGGUCGAGUAG